CGCAACCACGUGGGGAGCAGCGGCAGCAGGAGACGAAGAGAAUCAGAAUCAGCAGCAGCAGCGAGGAGGAGGAGGGGAACACAACCACAACGAGGUGGAGGAGGAGGGCUCUAGCUUCAGGUUCACCUCCUCGCAGCGCGACCUCCACCAACAGUCGGCGCCACGGAAGAGAUUAUUUUGCUGGAACAAAGCGGCGGCCAUGUUGUGGAGGGCGCUGCACAGGUAUUACCCGUACGCCCUGCCGGGGGUGGCGGCAGUGGCGGCGUGGGCCUGGUACUCCUGGAGGAGGAAGGCGGCGUGCAAGGCCACGAGCACGGGAAACUCCACCAAGAGGACUCGGCUCGUGUGACGGCGUCGCGGCCAACGCGGAUUCCUCCCGUGCGUGCGCAAACCCCGACGACGAGCUCAACGUCUGCGCCGCACCGGACUGUCGACCCGCUCGAGCCUCGUGAAUAUCCUGACACGUGCCCUCCCGGAUCGGCCGGCUGCCCGUCGGCCGAGGCGUGCGUCGGCCCGUCCGUUGGCGACGCGGAUGGAGUCUUGUCGGACGCUACAUUCGGCGCCGCCGUUUUUCCGGACAAACGCGACGGGCUCGCGUGUGGAGCGCGAGAAGCGACGGCGUCUCCCGGUGAAACGGCGGAGGUCCCGGUCGCGGCACGUGCGGCUCCCGAAUUGUCGGCGUGUGCACGCGAGAGUCUCCCUGAACGUGAAACGCUCGUCGAACGUCCCGAAGAUAAUUUGUGCGAUGCGCGGCCUUCGAGCGAUGCGCACGACACGCCGAGUUUGCUCGCCGCGUCGUCGAACGGAAACCUCUUGGCCGAGCCACUUGCAGCCCCGCAUUCGACGAGCGAGCACGAGACCUUCGCCACGGCAGACACGUCGGACGUUUCAUCCGCUGCCGACUCCAUCAGCCCCCUGUCGGCCGGUGCGUCCGCGGACAGGUCCAAAAUGGACAUCGGCGAUGCCCCUGGUCGAGUCAACAAUUUGGGUGCGUUGUUAACCAACGAGCGUAAGGAUUUGUCGAGUUCCGAUUUAAGCAAUGGUCCGGAUGCAAUUGAAAGUGUUCCUAAAGCAGCGGCCGUCAACAACCAAUCGCCUGGAGAUGCAGGAGAUGCGUCGACGUCGACAAAUGCGAGCGGUGCCAAACGCGACGUAAUCGCAGACGCACCAAGAACCUCGGAGCCUGCGCGGACGCACGGUUCACCGCGAGUCGGCGCCGCGGACGGCACCGUCGCCGCCAAUGCUGGCAGACCCAGCGCUGUGGCGACCAUCUGCAGUCCUGAUGUCCCGUCGUCAAUUGUUAAAGCGCCUCGCACCACGUUGGUCAGCCGCGACGUGGGCGAAUCGGCACGAACGCUCGAACGGUCGGAGUUGCGUUGCCAGAACGGCGAGGAGUGUGAAGCGAAGGGCGCCGCUACGGAGGGCGCGGCAUCCACCAACGGGUCGAAGACGUCCGCCGGAAAAAUGUUGCGCGAGCGUAAUGUUUCUGACGGCGUGCUCUCAGACGAAGGGGUUGGCGGUGGGGCAGCGUUGGGCAAAGCGGGCCGCGUGGCGACGGGCGGCUGCGACGAUGGAAAGGCGCCCAAGGGCGAGGCUCUGGAGCGCGUCGGAAGUUGCGAAGUCGGCGACGAGGGACGGGCCAACGAUUGCGGCGAGCGCUACGAUCCCGAAGGCAGCGACAAAGUGGACCCCUUGUGUCUGAAGAUGGAAAUGGGAGGGAAAAUCUCGAGAGAGAAUUACCUCGGUGGAUCUGGAAAGGAUGGUAAAAAUGACGAGCGUUUUAUUCAGGAAGCUGAGCCUCUUGAUUUGAAGGAUACGAAAGCGGUCCGCUGUUCUCCUCCGCUUGAAACGGCGAGUCGCUCGAAUGAUUCGCAGCCGACUCCAGGGACGAAUUCGGUGGCGGUGGCUGGAGGCGUCAAAUGUGAUUUGGAAAUCUCCGGCAGCGUCGAGAGGAAGGCGAAGGUUCCAGUCUCGUGCCACGAAGAAGCGGAGAGUUCGCCUCCGGACAAAGCCACCCGCGCCGAGGAGGUGCGGCACAACGGCGGCGACGCCGCGGACUGCAAGGCGCUCGAGGAGCGGUUCGCUUCGGGUUUUGUGGAAAAACUCAUUCGGGAUGUGAGGGUGUCUUUCGCGAACGUGCGCUUGGAAGGGGACGACGAGUCGGAGAAUCGGCCGGUCCUGAGCAGCAGGUUAUCGGCGGAGGCGGCCCCCUUCACGCCCACGUCGGCGGAAGCCACGACAAACGAAGAUGCGCUCCGCGGAGAGGUAGAGUCUCCCCCGGUCCACACCGCAAACGAGGGGCGGCGUGCUCGUGACCGCGAGCCGGCCACCGGCGCUUCGCCGAGCGACGCGAAGGGGAGCGACGACGAGAAGGCGGCGGAGUCGCCGUCGCUUGUGAAGAGCAAUCUUUCGGCGGAAGCCGCCCCGUUCACGCCAACCCUGGUGGAGAAUCUCCCUGCGGAUAAACGUCCUGUUGGAGAGGAAUCAUCGGAGGGAGAGGCGACGUCCAAGAAUGCCUGGUCCGUCGACGACUUGUGGAAAGGUCUUAAUUUUGGGGUGAAUAUGAAGGAACUAGAACACUCGCCGAACAAAGGAAAGUCGGGUUCAAAGUUUUUCCCGUUGUCUUGUCCCGAAGGCAAGUGGCUCAUGAAGGACAGAACCGCCGAGAAGUCUCCGAAAAGGAAAGCGGCGAAGGUAGCGGUGGAAUUUCUCGAUAAAAACCCCACCGGCGGUGGUCACGCGCCGCCAGCUUUACCGGUGGACGUCUGUACGAGGGGUGACCCUAAAGAAACCGCGGUCGACGCAGAGGAGAACAUGACCAAUGGAUUGAGCACGAGUUCGGAGAACAGCGAGUCAACAUUGACGCUCGAUGGUGACUCUUCACUCGAUUUUUACGGAGAAGCUGUGAGCGAUGGCAGCUGCCCGUGUGCCACUGGUUCCGGUGACGACAGUGAAAUGGUGAUCUGGGAGUUCCACGUGUCAAAGAUUUUGGUUGGCCGCCUCAUCGGCAAGCAGGGAAAGUUCAUCAACUAUCUGAAGGAGGGCUCCGGAGCGAAGAUCUACAUCAUACAACUGUCCUUCACGGCUGAUUUUCAGGUCGUCCAUAUAGAAGGGACGGACAAGCAAGUGGACGCCGCGCUGAAGCUCAUCCGCAAGAAGUUUAAGAACUUGAACAUGAAAAACAUCGCGGCCCCCGUGCUGCCGCCGAUCGGCCAUGUUGUCGUGCCCGUGGCACCGGUGCCCAUCCCUCAGGGCAUUUCGGUGGACGUGACGGUGCCGUGGUUCGACGCGUACGGGAACCUGUUCCUGCAGCAGUACACGCACCCCACGUUCCACGCGCUCGACUCGCUGGACCAGGCCCUCAACGCCUGCUACUCGCAGCCCAACCUGCUGACGCUGCCUCCUCUCACCGCCAACACUGUGUGCGCGGCGCUCUUGGAGAACCACUGGUAUCGAGCACAGAUCGUGGAGUACGACCCGGGGAGCAACGAGGUGGAGGUGAGGUGCCUCGACUACGGAGGGUACUACAAGAUACUCGCCUCCGACCUGCGGCAGCUCAGGACUGAUUUUCUGACGUUGCCUUUUCAAGCAUCACUUGUGUUUUUUGCGAAUAUCGCUCCUCCGGCUGAUCACACGUGCUACUCAGAGGAGGCGCUGUUGGCUGUGAACAAGCUGACGCUGGGCGCUCACCUCAUCGCGGAGGUGACGCAGUUCGACACGGUGUCACAGAUGCCCUUCGUCAACCUGUGGCUGAUCAAGGAUGGACGGUCUCAGAUGAUCAACAAGAUUCUGGUGGAUGCCGGCCACGCGCGGUGGCUGUCGUAACGCCGUCGCCACGUUCACAACCUCCUCUUGGUGGUGGGUACCACGAAGAGAGGAUGCAGUUGAAACCCCUCUUAACGACGGUGAUGGGUUCCACGAAACCGGUAGUGAAGUGAUUUGUGUCGUUAAGCGAGUAUAGGAAAUACACGCCCAAAGGCUUAAUUCGUUCCGAUAGCAUUGAAAGGUACCAUGUUUCACCCAAUAAACGUACUUUAUAAUAAUAUAAUUAAACAAUGGAUAUUAAUACAGAAAGAUACUAACAACAUUAUGAAAAUGUUCUUGGUUCUUUCGGUAAAGUCACGUAGAAGGGAAAUAACAAAAUAAUAUAAAUAUCAAACAAUAAAAAUUUUCACGACUUUUCGACUGCAACACAAGGAAUCAUCAUCGGGUGUGAAAUCCACAGCAAGAAAUUACAUCGAAACAUUAUGAACAUGUAAUAUCAAAAGAAACAUUGUUAAUCGAUGGGGGGGGGGGGGGUGGUCGUUAAGAGGGGUUCUACUGUAUGUCCUUGGGGCACUUUUCCUCGCUUACUUGAUUGCUGUACUUUUAUAUUUGUAAAUAAUUUAGAAGUGUCGCCACGAUUCAACUCGUGCCGGGGUGUGAAUGGUGCGCGCGCGCUAAUGACCGGCGAUGAUUUUGAUCCGUAUUUCACUUUUUGUUUUCACUUAUUCUCUUUCACAAAUAUAAAACUACUAUUGGUUUUGGUCACCGUAACUUCUGUGGUGAGCGUUGGAAAUUAACUUACUUCAAAACACUAGAAAAUGCCCUAUGAUUGCAGAUGUCAAACUGGAAAAAAUAUUUGUACAUUAAUUGUGUUCAUUGUUGAUGGCUCCUAUUCUCUAAAUUUAAUCGUCGAGCCACUUGACGAUAACGUUAACCUAACAUGCCAUUACAAUGUACAAGUUGCACUUGACCUCGAGAUUCCUGAUCCUGUCCGACCGUGUGUAAAUGCGCUCUCCAUUGGACAGAGGUUAACUCGUACAGAAAUUCGCAAAACACCUUGUUGUGAAAGGCCCAGCGCAGAUGAUCCCCUGGGUUUGAUCUUCCACGAAGCUGCUAGUGUUCCACUCUAAACCGUAUCCACUGCACAAGUCAUGGCACAUGCGGAUACCCGAUGCACAAACAGAAAAUAAAAAAAACUCUCCAGUCGGUGUGCGACUGUGGGUCAUCUAGAACAAAGACCGUACAACUUAUAUCGACGCCGUGUCCCGGUCCACACAUACGAUGGAGACAUCAUCGCGUCGAUACACUACCCCGCUGCUCCUGAUGCGGUCUUUGUCUGGCCUUGACCACCUGAAUGCGAAAUUGUCGUCGUUUGCUCUGCGUCUACAUCAGCAGCCGCACGGAAGAAGAAGUCGUACAACUGCAGCGGUUUUUUCGCAGUCAGUAUGUACGGCUGUGUUUUCAGGCUGGUACCGCGCGCUGUUCCGCACGUUGUUUCGAAAUCAUUCCGAAACAACGUGCGGCACAAAAUUACUAAAACACAUCGGAAUAUUACGGAGCUUAACGUAGGCACGCGCACCACGUGGAAUGUAAGCAAAUGUGUCCACUCCCAUACCUCAGCAAAGUUUUGUUGUUCUGGCUUGGGGAAAGAAUACUGGGUGCAGUUUAUUCUGUCGACUACGUUCCCAAUGCGAUACGAAUUGAUAACUUUGGUAAGUGAGGAAUUUUUUUAUUAAAUCUAAAGAACAAAAUUGUGCUUUGUAAAACGAUUGUUACCAAAUACUGUGUGUGCAAAACAGGCCGUCGAUUUUAUUGUGAUUUUGAGAUCGCAGCAAAAUUAUUUUUUUUCUAAUUUAUUUGUAGCUUGUUAACUGUUAAACAUGCUCCACUGUUGAAAUGUUAUGGCUACAAAUAAACGAGUUGUUGUGCAUUGGCAAUACCAAAGGCAUGGGGCCUAGCCGUGUCUGGAUUGUUAUUUAGUUUUCUAAUUCGCAGCUCGAUUGAGAUGCUUCCACCGCGUGGCCUCUCAUGGGCAGGUAUCCCUCGAUUUCGUGAAUGGGAAUGCGUUCUUAAAAA